GAACAAAAAUUCAGAAUUUUUUGUUUGUCACUUGUCAAGCGUGAAAAUAAUUCCAAAUAGCAAACAAGAUUUUCAAUUAAGAAUAACAUUGAUUUUCGUUCGGUCAUUCAAUGGCUUCCAUUAUCAAACGCGUCAUUCCCACGUUGGAUCGAAUUCUGGUACGACGCGCUGAGGCGGCUAAUAUAACCAAAGGUGGUAUUGUGCUCACCGAAAAGGGCGUCGAGCGUAUGGUGGAGGGUGUGGUAAUAGCGGUCGGUCCCGGUACUCGCAACCCACAAAGUGGCAGUUAUAUACCGGUCGGUGUGAAGGCGGGAGAUCGUGUGCUGCUGCCGAAGUACGGCGGCACUCGUGUCGAUAUGGAGGACAAAAAGGAAUAUGUGCUCUAUCGUGAAGCGGAUAUAUUGGCCAAGUUGGAGUAGUCAGCGGGGCAGGAGAGAUAUGCCAUGUGUAAGAAAGACAGUGGCGUUCAAGAAGCAGGAAGAUGGCUGCGUUAUGGAGUUUUUUGUGAAGUUUCAUGAACUAAUAACUUGUUUUGCAUACUGGGCGCAUAUUUUAAUUUAUUUAACAAAAUAAAAAUGUUUAUUAUUUAAUUGA